CACAGUCCUCCUCUGUGUCAGUGAGUCCCUCUGGUGAGAUCAUGGAGGGCAGCUCAGUGACUCUGACCUGCAGCAGUGAUGCUAACCCAGCAGCUAACUACACCUGGUACAAGGAGGACGAGGACUCACCAACAGCAUCAGGACAAAUCUUCACCAUCACUAAUAUCACAGCUGAACAUGGUGGAAAGUAUCAGUGUGAGGCCCAGAACACACACGGACGUAGUAACACCACCUUACAUCUGACUGUUGGAGCAGGGAAGUCAGUGAUAAUCAUGAAUAUCAUCAGGUACACUCUGGUGGUCUUGCUGGUUCCAGUGCUGGUCUGGACUCUGUGGACGAGGAUGAAGAAAACUCUGAGCUUGAAAUCAGAAGUGAAUGAAGCUGUGGAGAUGAUGGAGUUGGACAACUGUUCUGAGUAUGACGACAUCGAUGCUGCAGCACAGACAGAAGACACAGAGGAGCAGGAAGACCUGGUGUGAAGCCUCAGGUGCACUGUGAUUGGUUGAAAGUAUUUAGGAGGGAACAGGAAGUCUCUCUCUCUCCAUCCCCGGUUGCAGCAGCAGCAGUUUGUACAGCAUGACCUUUAGAGCAAGAGUAUUGUUGUGUUGUGUCUUUUCUUUUACUUUUCUGAUGGGUCCAGUUUUCGCAGCUUUAUUUCUGUGAUCUUUAGUUCUGAUGUUGUUUAGGUUGAAGGAAGAUUCUCAGAUCCUACGACCCUUUGUGGGUUGUUGUGUUGGGUUUUCCUUCUUUUGUCCAUUUUGCCGGCCUGUUGUUGAAGUUGUUUUCUUUUCUGCAAUAAAUAGAUUUUAUUUUUGCUGUUACCCUCUGAACUAUGUUGGACAUCUUGGUGAUGAGCCUGUGAUGCUGUGGUAACACCACGUGACUCAUCUCGUGUCUUAUACAUGAUAUUAAUGUGGUUAUUACAUGGAUAAUGAAUUAUUAUGUAUUGUGAUUUUAUGAUUCUUUCUUAAAUAAAUGUUUUUGGUCUUUUGUUUUCACUCCUUA